GAAGAGAUUUUCCAAAUUAUUUCUCAAUGGGUGAGCAGAGAACACUGUACAUAUACCCCAAGUGCGAACAAAAAGAUGCAGACUUUCUCUCCCUAUGCUUCAUGUUCUCUUCUUUUAAAAGCAUCGGUAGAUCUUGGAUUCUUCAACCACAUAGUAGCAGGAGUUGGUGGGCAGCAGUACUAGUCCUCUGCCACCCUCGUGCCUUUGCAUCUUCCAAGGCUCUCUAGACUCUUUUACGCGUUCGCUUCAAGCAUUGACCGAAGCAUAAAUCCAGCUACUUGUUCUUCUUGACCUGCUCUUGAUUUCUUCCCCCUCCUGCCUGUCUCUGUAGUGUUUCGAGUACUCAGAUUUGGUCAACAUGAAGCCAUGAACAAAGCUGGCACCUUUGUUACAGGAUCCUGACUUGAGACUGAAGGGGAGGGGCCUCUUCUCUCAGAUUAGUGAAAAAUGAAGCCACCUUUGGAAAGGAACCCCACCAAGAAGCGCCAUUCAUGGUGGUGGGACAGUCACAUUAGCCCCAAGAACUCGAAAUGGCUUGCAGAAAACCUGGAAGAAAUGGACAAGCAAGUGAAGGAAAUGGUGCAGCUGAUUGAGGAGGAUGGUGACUCCUUUGCGAAGAAAGCACAAAUGUAUUACCAGAGGCGUCCAAUGCUCAUCACCCAUGUCGAGAAUUUCUACCGCAUGUACCGCGCUUUAGCUGAGCGCUACGACAAUGUCACUGGUGAACUGCGCAAGAACAUCCCUUCAAGGCUGCAUUCGCCAGGAUCUUUAACCGGUUCCGAGUGUGGUUCUGAGUUGCAAAGGUCGCCCUCGCCGUCUCCCGAGCCACACAAGUCCUGGACAAGGGAACAGAGCCCUAGAGCUGCAGGCUUCGACUUCUUCCUGAGCAACAAGAGCUAUGAUUCGCCAUCCUCAAGGAAGGAGCCUGAGUCUGCUUCACAGUCAGAGUCUGAUGCCAAGUCUGAAGAUUGUGAGGAUGAUGGCAUUGCCUACACAUUGCAUCAGAGGGUUCUUGAGCUUGAGGAUGAGCUCAAUGUAGCGAACCAGAAAUUGCGUGAUGCAAACGAGAAGCUCGAGGUAUUCGAGGAGAAGAGCCUGAGGUGCCAUUGCGAUUGUAAAGAAAAUGGAAAUGGUGCUAAUUAUGCUACAAAAAUUGAAGACAUUGAGGGAGAGCUCAGGUCGACGAGGGAGAGGCUGCUGUCUUCACAAGAGGAGAUCAACAAUCUCCAAAGGAGCUUCGGAAAUCUGUCAGAAGAGCACUUUGGUCUGAUGAAGCAAAACAAGGAACUGGGGGCUGACAUUGUCAAUCUGAAGGAAGAAGUGGUUUCAGCUAGGCGGCGUUUCGACGACAAACUAUCCGAGAGCGAUGCCGAGAUCAGCAAAUACAGGCAAGAGCUUGCUGCCGCAUCCAAAAGGCUGCUGCAGGAGAAGUCCACCAACAGUGCAGAGGUAACCAAGCUGCAAGAAACGAUCCAGGGCACCAGGCGCAAGCUAGAGGAAGUUUCAGAAGAGAAAUCUCUAGUGGAGGACCUGGUGAAGGAGCUGGAGGAAGCCAAUGCUGAAGCAGAGAAGCAAAGGCAGGAGCUCAUCCAUGCCACUGAAAUGCUCUCGGAAGACAAGUUCAGACAUGAAGCUGAGAUCCUGACGAUGCAGCAGAGCAUCGAAGAUCUGAAACCGGAACUCGAGAGCAUCACGAAAGAGAAAUCGUUGCUGAGAUCGUGGUUCGCUGAUCUGGAGAGGGUCGUGGAGCGGGGAAGGAGCGUUGUCCAGGAAUAAACCCUGUUUUAUCGAAAAAAUUCAGUAGCUAGAAUUUAGCAAACAAGCAAUGGUAUCUUUUUUUCUUCUUUCUCUUCUUAAGAUAUAAACAUCAUGCAAACCUGAGAAAUCCUACCAUGGAUCCGUCAGUGUGGCCUCCUCUUGGAUAUUUGCUUGCCCUGUGACUCUGAGGUGAUGGAUGCUGGUGAUGUAUGUGCUGAUGCUGUGUGAGACAUUUUGCACUGGAUGCAUUUCCUUUGGCAAUAUGAAUGUCCCUGAUGAUGCAUUUGCAUGCAACAGCCUUCGACUCCUAAUGCUGCCGCCGUUGAUGUCCUCUUCGAGAGUUUGUUUGGAUUGGUUACAAUCUGCAAAGCAUCUACUGAUCCACAAGUAUCUUUUGACAUAAACUGUCAUUGUAUUGCAUGAUGUGUUCUGUUGUUGGACUCAUUUGAUUUCUUCCAUGUACUACUACAUAAAGACAGGAAUCUUACCUUAG